GUGUGGCGGAGGUGACUGCGCGGGCUGGUCGGAGCUCGGCGCUGCUGUUUUUGGUGCUCUUAUAGUCACCGUUGCUGUCCUGCUGUCUAAGACUGCCAAGCUGACGAGGCGUCAGCCGCAGUACCUCAGAACCGAACGCGGCCCGGCUUGGGGCCGGGUGAGAGGGUGGACGAGCGCGUGUCGGAGGGCGCCGCGCGGGCGGGCGGGCGAACGCCCGUGAGGGAAGGAGGCGGGGGCGGCUGGUUAGCCACGGGCCGGGCCGGCCGGGGGAUGUCGAUGCCUGACGCGAUGCCGCUGCCCGGGGUCGGGGAGGAGCUGAAGCAGGCCAAGGAGAUCGAGGACGCCGAGAAGUACUCCUUCCUGGCCACCGUCACCAAGGCGCCCAAGAAGCAAAUCCAGUUUGCUGAUGACAUGCAGGAGUUCACCAAAUUUCCCACCAAGACUGGCCGAAGAUCUUUGUCUCGCUCCAUCUCACAGUCCUCCACUGACAGCUACAGUUCAGCUGCAUCCUACACAGAUAGUUCUGAUGAUGAGGUUUCCCCACGAGAGAAGCAACAAACCAACUCCAAGGGCAGCAGCAAUUUUUGUGUGAAGAACAUCAAGCAGGCAGAAUUUGGACGCCGGGAGAUCGAAAUUGCAGAGCAAGACAUGUCUGCUCUGAUUUCACUCAGGAAACGUGCUCAGGGGGAGAAGCCUUUGGCUGGUGCUAAAAUAGUGGGCUGUACACACAUCACAGCCCAGACAGCGGUGUUGAUCGAGACACUCUGUGCCCUGGGGGCCCAGUGCCGCUGGUCUGCUUGCAACAUCUACUCCACUCAGAAUGAAGUGGCAGCAGCACUGGCGGAGGCUGGAGUUGCUGUGUUCGCUUGGAAGGGCGAGUCAGAAGACGACUUCUGGUGGUGCAUCGACCGCUGUGUGAACAUGGAUGGGUGGCAGGCCAACAUGAUCCUGGAUGAUGGGGGAGACUUAACCCACUGGGUUUAUAAGAAGUAUCCAAACGUGUUUAAGAAGAUCCGAGGCAUUGUGGAAGAGAGCGUGACUGGUGUUCACAGGUUAUACCAGCUCUCCAAAGCUGGGAAGCUCUGUGUUCCAGCUAUGAACGUCAAUGAUUCUGUUACCAAACAGAAGUUUGAUAACUUGUACUGCUGCCGAGAAUCCAUUUUGGAUGGCCUCAAGAGGACCACAGAUGUGAUGUUUGGUGGGAAACAAGUGGUGGUGUGUGGCUAUGGCGAGGUGGGAAAGGGUUGCUGUGCUGCUCUCAAGGCCCUUGGAGCAAUUGUCUACAUCACAGAAAUCGACCCCAUCUGUGCUCUCCAGGCCUGCAUGGAUGGGUUCAGGGUAGUAAAGCUAAAUGAAGUCAUCCGGCAAGUUGAUGUCGUAAUAACUUGCACAGGAAAUAAGAAUGUGGUGACACGGGAGCACUUGGAUCGCAUGAAAAACAGUUGUAUCGUAUGCAAUAUGGGCCACUCUAACACAGAAAUUGAUGUGACCAGCCUCCGCACUCCUGAGCUGACAUGGGAGCGAGUGCGUUCUCAGGUGGACCAUGUCAUCUGGCCAGAUGGUAAACGGGUCGUCCUCCUGGCAGAGGGUCGACUUCUCAAUCUGAGCUGCUCCACAGUCCCCACCUUUGUUCUGUCCAUCACAGCUACAACACAGGCAUUGGCACUGAUAGAACUCUACAAUGCACCUGAGGGACGAUACAAACAAGAUGUGUACUUGCUCCCUAAGAAAAUGGAUGAGUAUGUUGCCAGUUUGCAUCUACCAUCAUUUGAUGCCCACCUGACAGAGCUAACAGAUGACCAAGCAAAAUAUCUGGGACUCAACAAAAAUGGGCCAUUCAAACCCAAUUAUUACAGGUAA